AUUUUAUAACUUAUUUCGUCUUCCCCCAAUUUAUUUCGCCGCACCGCCAUCUCCACCCCCGCGCCACCCACGCGCGCAGACGAAGAACCAGAAGGGCAAGAGAGAGGCGAAGGAGAUCACCGGGUAUGGAUAUUAUAUCUCAAUUGCAAGAACAAGUGAAUGCAGUAGCAUCUAUUGCAUUCAACACCUUCGGUACACUUCAAAGGGACGCGCCUCCAGUACAGCUGUCGCCUAAUUAUCCAGAUCCUCCCGCCAAUCCCAACGGUGUAGAAGACGCCGCCACUCUUGCCGAGCAGCCCAAGCUUCUCAGCGCCGAACUGGUGAAGGCGGCCAAACAGUUUGAUGCUUUAGUUGCUGCACUUCCAUUAACUGAGGGGGGUGAAGAAGCUCAAUUGAAAAGAAUUGCUGAACUUCAGACUGAGAAUGAUGCAAUUGGACAGGAACUUCAGAAGCAACUUGAAGCCGCCGAAAAGGAGCUAAGGCAGGUCCAGGAGUUGUUCGGCCAAGCAGUGGAUAACUGUUUGAACUUAAAGAAACCAGAUUGAGGCGAAAGAUGGGCUGAACCAUUCCCCCAAACCCUUCCUUUUACUUCCAAAGCUUAUAAAGUAGAGCAGUUUUUUCAGUCCUAGUAGCAGGUAAUCACACUGUAACAUAAUGCUGCCCUGUAAUUUAGUUGACUGAUUUGCAACUAGUUCUCGUUAGAUGACUAUCAGAUUUUGUAGGAAGUUGGGUUCUUUGUUUCUAUCUUCAUCUCGUAGAUGCUCUGCUGAUAUUUCUACUUGUUCA